UACUUUUUGGUGUCCAUAAAUGAGGACAACAGGAGGGUUUAGCAAAGGAUCUGAAUACUUCUUCCACUUUGUUAAAUUGUUCCUUUCAUGCUUCUCCAAAUUGAAUUAAUGAAUGGCAGCGGCGCCCCCUGGUGGUUAAACCAAACCCUAAAGUGGAUCUGAAUCUGUCUUCUGCAGCUGAUUGUGUUCAUCUCAUCCUAACAAUGACGUCCUGCUGCAUUGCUGUUAAUUUGAUGUGGAUGUGUUUGGAUAAAUGUGUGUUUUACGGAUGAGGCGCGUCUUUUUGCGGCUCACUGUUGCGCCUAAACGGUUAAUUGUGAGUCGCAGGGUGACGGCUUGUUUUGCUGUUGGCUCCUUCUGAAUCACACGUGAGCUGAGCGACGGGGCGGAAGCCGGAGCAGCCUCCCUGUCGGCCUUCAGGAGGGUCUGAAGGUGACUCUCCUCUCGGCUGGGAUGCGCAGGCGGCCGCUGGAGCUCCUGACCGCCACGAACACGCUCCAGCUCCGCAGGGCGCAUCUGCGUUAAACCCCCUCUUCUCUCUCUCUCUCUUUCUCUCUCUCUCUCUCUCUCUCUCUCUCUCUCUCCCUCUCCCUCUCACCAAAAAAAACCUCCCGCAGUUUGUCGUCUCCAUCACAAGCCGGCAGGGACCGUCCUCGGCUGGGUGUGCAUGCAUGUGUUCUGCACCGUACGGGCGGAAAAAGCGCCCCAGAUCCGCAGGGAGCAUUUUCCCCAUCAGUAAGGCGGUCCAGACGGAGCCGGAGCGCAGGGAGAGCUCGGAGGGGCCCGUGGACGGCAGCAGGAUGACUGUGCAGGAAUUCAACACCCUGGUGGCUCUGUACCGGGAACAGGUCAUCUCCGUGGGGGAGAUCUCAGCAGACUGUCCGUCCCUGCGGGCUCAGAUGCACCACACUCGCUCCAAAGGGUGCUCCAUGGCCCGGGCUGCGCACCAGCACCUGGCCGUCAUCUCCGUCUCAGGUCCAGAAGACGGAGAGAUCCAGCCGGAGAUCUGCCGACUCUUCAUCCAGCUGCAGUGCUGCCUGGAGAUGUUCAUCACAGAGAUGCUCAAGUCCAUGUGUCUGCUGGGAGUCCUGCAGCUGCACCGCAAACGAACCGACUCAGAGCCGAAGGUGGACUUCCGGCUGGACGAGAGCUCCGACGUUCCGAUCCUGGAGGACCGAUCCUCGUCUCCCAUCGACUUCCCUCCGGACCAGUGGCUGGUGGGGACGGAUAUAGAGAACAUAGAGCGAGAUAUGAGAGAGAUGAGGAACUUACUCAGCAAACUCAGGGAGACGAUGCCGCUGCCGCUGAAGAACCAAGACGACAGCAGCUUGUUGAAUCUGACUCCACAUCCGCUGGUCCGACAGAGGAAGAGGCGAUUCCCUGGACUCUGCUGCAUGGUGUCCGGCUGAUGGAAAACACAGGAAAGGACUUUACUUUCACCUCUUCUGCAUAUUUAUCAGAGCUGCUGUCAUAUUAUUCCACUGCAUUCUCAUUUCAGUUUUAUUUUUUUUAAACCGAUAUCUGAAAUUGUAAUCAGUCAGUCAGUAAUAAUAAUAAAUGAGAUACUUGCUCUGUAGAAUUGGCGUUCGGGUCCAGUCAGGUCGGACCUUACAGAAACAGGCUGUUUUUAUUUUCAUGCAGUCGUUUUCCGCCUCUUUUGUUCCCAGUUUUUCUAUAAUAAAAGCUAAUAAUUGUACAUAUUCAGGCUAUGCACAGGCAUCUCCGGCGUUCUGUCUCACUGUGCUCGUGUCUCAUGUCUGAAUGUUUAAAGACGUCUCUGCUGUAGACUAAAGCGAUUCAUCGCCGGUGCAAACACAGACUUAUUACAUUUCUCUAACUGUAGGAAAAAAAGGGACUUUAGAAAUUAUUCAGCUGUGAGUGUGUAAAAUAAAACCUUUCAGAGCUUUAGCUGGACUUUGCCUUUUAGUCUUUUUGUCGUUAUGUUCGUUUUUUUCUGUUGAUAGACAUUUUUCCUCCAAAUUAUAGACAUUCAAGCUCCCCAGAUAAUGAAUUCCAUUUAUUUUACACACCUCAGUGCUACUACCAGCUAUAAACUUCCAUUUUUGUCUAAGAAAAUAUCUAAAAUUAACAUAUAAAUGUCUAGAAAAUGGGGAAACAUGAACUUUACCAAUGUCAAAUGUGCUCCCCAGAAAACAAAUCAUUGAAGAGCUUUCCUCUAGCGCCACCUGCUGCUCAAAGUUUGCAUUUUUAGCUCCUUUACAAAAGGUUUGUGUCCACAGUGAUGUUUUUGGAUGCUAGGGGGUUCUGGUGGUUCCCAUUUUUAAGUCAUUAGCCGUUUAUUUGCUCGGUUUCUCUUGAUGACCUCUAAUCAUUUUACACGCUUUAGUGCUAUUAUCAGCUAUAAACUUCCAUUUUUGUCCAAGAAAAUAUCAAAAACUACCAUAUUAAUGUCUAGAAAAUGGGCAAACAGGAGUUUUACCAUUAACAAAUGUGCUCACCAGAUGACAAACCAUUUAAGAGCUUUUCUGUUGUGCCACCUGCUUUUCAAAGUUUAUAUUUUUAGCUCCAUUACUGAUAAUGCUUUAAGAAUUCAAUAAAAUAUCAAAAGGUACUACAUGUCCACAGAGGUUUUUGGAUAGAGAUUUCCAGUUUUGAUGCAAGAAAUGAGCCAAUCUGCUGAAUUUUUCUUGACUUUAGAACAACAUUCAAUGUUUUUGUCAUUUGGGUCAAUUUUUCUAACCUUGCCAGCAAGUUGAUUUCUCACGAUAUUUGUGAGUUCACAAAUCUCUCAAGAAACCAUCUUGCUCCGCUCCCGCAUUCACUGUUCGUACAGAGCCAAGUUGGCACGGGCCAAUCACGCAGCAGUAUUCGUGUGUGGGGCGGGAUAUCCGGGUGUGAAGACGACACCAAGCGCCAGUAGAUCAAAACAAACAUGGCAACGGAGGACAACGAUCGUGUAGAUGCUGCUAUUAAGUCAGUUUUAGCUGAAUCUCCUAUCACUUCUUUGAAGGAAGAACAACGAGAGGCGCUUUGCGCAUUUCUGGAUGGUAAAGAUGUUUGUGCUUUUUUACCUACGGGUUUUGGUAAGAGUUUAAUCUACCAAUUGGCUCCGCUUGUUGUGAAGAUCCCGCGAUUGGCUAAAAACAAACCUGUCAGAGGCGGGACAUACUGUUGCAUUGUCCAAUCCGUGCCUCUUUCCUCCGAACGGAUUUACAUGGAGCGGUCCCAGAAUGAUAUUGUGGAGUACUAUCAAGUACUACACAAUUAUUAAUCUGGCUAUUGCCAGGUUACAAUUUUACCAUUGAUCAAGACAUAAUGUCACUGCCAGAUGAAAAAAAAUCCAGAAAAACCCUAACAUCACAAGCUAAAGUUGUAAUUUACAUGCAAACAUUAGUUGUAGUUAAAAAUGAGAGCAUUUCAGCUAAUUUUCCUGCAAGAUUUAACGCUUCUAUGUCGACAUUUCCUUGUAAAACUGCAACUUUCUUCUCCUAAUCUUUAUUUUUCACAACAGUUGCACUAAUAUUCUGUUUUAGCUCACACUGCAGCCUCUAGGGGGCGCUGUUAUUUGCAAUCUCCCUGCUUCCAAACCUCUGGCUUCAGUUUUCCAUCACAAGGGCUUUGCAGAUGCUUCACAUAGCGACAUUAAAAGACCCCAAAUGAAAAUCUCCUUCACCUUCUACUAGAGCCAUCUUCCCAUUGAAUGUAAGUGCAGUGUGGUUUGUAAAUUAGUGUUGGUGCAGUUUCUUUUUUCGUUCCUUACUUGUACUGUGGUAGUUGUUUGGUUUCGGCAUGUGUAACACUCAGACUAGGACAUGUGGCGUUAGUGUGUCCAGCAGUGUAGAAAAACACAGCGAAACUUCUGUACAGCUUAGGAUAUUUUAUAAUGUGAAUAAAGUUUUAUAUGCAAACAACA